CCCAAACACUAAGGGCUGGUCAUUUGGAGAGGGAAAUAAGUGAUGGACUAGUAGAUGUGAUACAACUCCCUAUGGCCAAACAAGAAAAUGAGAAUGAAGUACUACUCAAACAAUCAGACCAUUGCAAAGGAAAGUCUUAUUGGCCAGAGCUUGUGGGAGUAGAUGGGGAGGAAGCCAAGGAAAUAAUCGAGAAGGAGAAUCCAAAUGUGACAAUUGUCCAGAUUUUUCCAGUUGGAAAAGGUCUGCAGUCUGCGGACCACUACUGUAGACAUCUGCAGGAGAAGUGGUGGACCGAAGAUCCACUGGCUUCUCCAUUCUUAGUUCGUCAUUCAUCGAGGGCACAAGCACAAAUAGCGCUUCAAAGCUACAAUUUAAUUUGGUCAUAAGAGAUUUAUCCUGUAUUGGGCACCACUCAGCACAAAAUGUGCGAAAGUAGAACAAUGAAGCAGUAUUAUUAAAAAUGAGGCACCCAUGCACUUGGUUCUGCUCAUGAAUUCUCUUUCAUUACUCAAUUGCAUUAUUAGCUUCAUUCCUUACAUAAAUGCUAAAUUGUAUUGUAAGAAAAUACUGGGAACUUU